UCCUCUGCCCAUUUGAUUGUUCUACUUGAUUAUAUCUUCAUUCUAACCACUUUGAAGAGCGCACGGCUAAUUGAACGGUACAAUAUCACGGUGCAUGCAAUAUUGCACACGUAAUACGCGUAUAUUAUCGUAAUUGUACCGAGGUUGACGUUUCGUUCUGUGACGAGGAGCUCUACUGCUUAUCAACCUAACAGAGUCGCACAACCAACAAUGGCUAAGACUGCGUACGACCGGUGAUAAUGAUUAUGUAAAAUUCCCAGACAUGCGAAUUAAUGUGUUUUUAACGAACAUGACAGGUGGCUUAUAAAUAUCCGUUCUCUCAUCAGCGCCGAGCACGAAAGCGAGAGUGAACGACGUGCACGUAUGUAAAGCUCCGCAAUUUCCAUAGCAACCUUAUCUAUCGUGUGCCGUGGUGACAUCGUUCUGCACGCAUUUCGCUUAAAUUGCCGCAACGAUACAUCUCGCGUGACGAUAUCGCUCUUUCCGGACGCUGAUCGGCGGAUGUUUCCUUAUGGACAGCCCGUUCUUUCUCGCGCGCACAUUGACUCUUGGAAAUUGAGGCUUUCCGAUGUGUUCGCAGGCGACCGGACGGCUCUCGGCAGGCGGCAAGUAACAAAGGACCCCAUAAGAACGCCGUAGGAAGGGGCAGCGACAGACCCUCUUCGAGCCCUAUACGUGACGCAUGUUGCGCGCAAGCGUGUGCCGCAAGCGACGAAAACGAGCCGCAUGCGUUAGACGAUAGUUUCGUGUGACACUCGCAGCGACUCGAGUCGCUCGCGAUUCCGGCGAUAGUUCAAUUCCCGUCGGCGAGCACGGAUGAAAUAACGCAAGUCGCAAGCGCCGACUGAGAAUUAUUCCGACUUCCUUACGGUUCUAUUUCAAGAUCACGUCACCGUGACCUCCGCGAACGACCGUGAAAAAUUCUCGCGCGCGCACGUGUGUCCGUGAAACCGCCCCCGGUUUCACGCGGACGGAAAUUGACCGGCGUCUAAUCAGAUCGUCUCUGAAGAGAGAGAGAGAGAGAUAGAGAUAAAGACCGAAGGUUAGCUUAAGUUGCGAUUAACGUUAAUCUACGUGCGUCCGUAUCGGGGAUAAUGAGCGUCUAACAAAAUCUAACGUCACCGAAAGAAGCCGGACAUUUCUUCGACGAGUGACCGAGUGGAAAACGCUCACGUUUUGCGUCCACCGUUGGCCCACCGACAGAGAGUAGCAAACGCUGGAACAAAGGGAGGGGGUGAACGUGUUAUUUGUGGAGAGAUUUAGGAGGGUUCCACGAGCGAUGCAGCCGGGGAGAGACCGCAAGUCGGGCACGGACCAUGGGCCACGGCGAUAGUCGCCAGUUGUUCACGCGUUGUCGAUGCGUGUGCCGCGCCGAGAGAGUGGCUCGUCGCGCGUUUGUUUCUCCGCGAAUCACCGCCGGCCGGUCAGCAUUAUUACGCAACGUGCGGCGUCGUCGUCGUCAUGGAGUAAGCAGUAAGUCGGAGCCGGCAAGUCUCGAUACGGCCGGCUGUGUGCGUGUAUGUGUGUGCAUGUGUACGUCAAACGUCACUGAUCUUCCCGACCGAAAAUCUUUAUUACGCCACGUGCGUCGCAGCGGCGCGAAUCGAGCGCGUCCGGCCAGAGAGAUUGGCGUUGUUCUGACUGAUAAAAAGAUUCUUUCUUUUCUGUUUCAAGAGUGAGAUAAUUCUCCUUCCAAUUGCAGAAAUACCGAGCGGCGACGUAGUGCACGGCCGUGCGUUAUAGUGCGUCCUUUUCCUCCGACGUGGCGGCGGGACACGAAGCGCGGUAAAAAGACCAAAAAUCUCGCCGACGCAGGGCGGUGAGAAGAAAAGAGCGAAUAACAAGUGUCACGUGACGACAUAGUGCACGAUAGUGCGAGCCGUAAUCCUUCCGUUCCGGACAUAUGACUGAGAAUGAGAGACGACAUGAGGAUGAGAGACACGAUCAUCACCCGCGCCGAUGUUUACACGCACGAAAUGCCGAGCACGUCCGACAGCGUGAUAAUGUCAUCCGGGGACUCGUCACCGCCGGCGCAGGCAACGAUAUCCACGUCGGGUUUCGACGUACCGGACGACGCCAGACUGGCGAAAAUCAGCCCGACGACGACGCCUUCGCCUACGACAUCGGCGAAGAUAUCGAAAGCAGCCGACCACGAGACGCUGAACACCGACGUGGAGGCGAUAGAGGAGGCGAUGCCGAUCGUGCAGAAGACCCUUCCCGUGCCGGAAUUGCCGGCGAAAAUCGAGAGGAACGGCUUCGACAUGGACGUGAGGAAGACGCUGGACGAGCGCGAGGAGGACAUGUGCCUGAUCGACUGCAUCUAUUACACGCAACAAUGUUGCAACUGCACGAUACUCUGAGAUUCCCGGGGAUCCCGACUUAAGAAACACCGAAAGGGCGACAAUUUCCUCUUCCUCUUCGCGACUCCGCAAAUCAAUCGAGAGACGCCGCCGUCGGCGCUACAUUUAGGAACUGACACUGCAAUAAUUGGCGCGCGCCGCUAGGACACUUUGUGAUAUACAUACGAGCGACAGUAAGUUUAAUCCUGCGGUGCGACGUGUACAAAAUUUCGUUGAUAUGCGCGCGGAUGCGUACGCACGCGUGAACGUUUGCAGACGCGCGCUCCGUCUCCGGAUUCCGUCGAUAAUCUUCGACAUUAUAUCUCGUGAUAUAUGUGACAUCAAGCGGCGACUGUUCGGUUAAACGUCCGAUGGAAAGUUCGACCGGGGGAAUGUCACGCUGAAUAUUCAUUUCGAAGCGAUCCGAGAGGGCCGCUUAGAUAACGAAACUCGUAUUUUUCGAGCGCGUUUCUCCGCGCGAGAAAUCGCGCGAGGGGAUUUGUCACUGUUGCAACAUGUGCGCCGCGAGUGUACACUGCCACGGCGUCGUAAAAAUCCGCGUCCGAUGCACGGGAGAGACGUCGUAACAGAUACGCGAGUUCAUUCGGUCGCGCGCGCGCGCGUAUUGUUAUAUAGAGGUAAGCCGCACCGCCGCGCUGUAUUCGUCUUCCUCACGACGCUGGACGCCAACGUCAAUGACCGUUGCGUUUGGGAGUACCAACCGCUCGACAAGCGCUCGGGACGCUCGCACUCGCGCCGCGUCUAAUCGGGAUUCGGCGAGAAAUAGCGCGCUGGAAGGACAAAUCUGUAGUAAAUAGUGGACGUGUACAUAUAUAUUCCAUUUGGAAACGAAAAUAAUACAAACAGUAUCAAAACAGUAUUUCUCGUUAUUCGUAUAAGGAUGCGUUUAUUACAAACGAAGAAGUAACCCGAGAACAAUAUCUUCAUUUUAACGCGUCAUCAACUAGAGAAGUAGCGUAUUCUGAUAACAGCGCAGCCGAUGAUUAAAUCGGAUCUUAUUUUGUAAUGCCCGUGUACGUUCAUUCAAUUCGAUCGCUUCCACGAUCGAUGAUGCGCGCGCUCUGUGUCUCACAGUUCUUCCCUUUUUUUCUUUUCCCUUUCGAAUUAACGUGACAACGCACGAACCAGAAGUUUUGACUGGAGGAAACGGGAAAUUUCCCAAGUUCUUAUAAAUUAUAAAUUCGAUUCUUAGAAAUUGGAUAUUCCGUUCCCUCCAACCAAAGCGCGUUUUCGUCCGUUAAUUCAAUCGAACGUUUCUCUUCAUGCUCUCCGAGAUGUUUUACUCAUGAUAUUUCUUGCAUUCCAUUCAAGUGAUCUAUUCAGUCCCAACCACUGAACGAUACUUUGUUCCACGCACUCGCGAGUUCGUCCAUCGAUUUAAUCACCGCCGCGCCUUACCGAUGGCAAACGGGAAUCGCACACAGACGUUUCCCGUAUAUAUUUUAUAUAAAUAUUUAUAUAGAUAUCUUCAGGAAUAUUAUAUAAAUAUUUAUAUUUGUAAUAGAGUCGAAGAUUGCAAGUACACAGUUGUAAUUUAUUAAUAGAUGCAGACUAGAUUAUUUUUGUAGUAAUAUACGGCAUACGGAUUUAGUGUGAAAGUCGACGCUAAACAAUCGUGUCCGUUGUUUUAAAAUCUAUCGCAGUUACGUAUCUUUUAAGAAUUACGUUGGGCGCAACAAAAGCUCGAGAGAAAGAGAGAGAUUUCCGUAAAACAUCGGUAAGUACAAUAUGUGCUGAGAUAUUCCGAUAUUAAUGUUCUCAUCGAUAAGUAAAAAUCAACGGUGUAUUGUGUCCAUAUAAAUCUUUGAAUGUUAUAAUUUAGUAUCUAGAAUGCUAUUUGCGUCUAUCAUUAAUUUAUUAGGUUUAGGAAUUUGGUAGGCGCAGCUAAUGUUACGCGUUCGCUUGGAUCGUCUUUAGCGAUAAACUAAGGGAACAGUAUACUUACGAGGAAUAUCUUUCGACGUGAUAAUUACGUAAUAACAAUCUUUGAAAAAACCUUGCAGUGCGAUGCAUCGUGUUCGCAUAAAUUGAACAUUGAGGAAUAUUCUAUAGUUUAAAAAAAACUGUCCUUUUCAAUUUUUUCGCGGAAAGAAGCCGACCAGGCGAAAAAUCCGUGAAAAAUUGAAAAAAAAACCCGGUUUUUCCCGAGCUUUCAAAACUAUAGAAUGUUCCAAGGAAGAUAGUUCGCCACGCAGUGUGUCAAAUCGUCGCAAUUUUUUGUAUCGCCGCUGUGACACACAACGCUGACUUAUUUAUUGUUGUAAAAGAGGAAUCGCUCUGCCAUAACGAGAGUAUAAACACGUCGUGAGACCUCGAAAGGUUUCUCAGACAUCAUAAAUUUCUAAAAGACGUCUUAAGGACGUCCAAGAUACGUCUAAAAAGAGCCAGACGUCUUUCAGAUGCCUUUUAGCAGUUUGUGCUGCCCGGGUUUAACAGGCUUUCACCGUGGAAGCGUCACGACUGAUCGGGCAUUUAAGAAAUGAUCUCAUGGAGAAUAAGUGCAAUAAAUUUAAUAAACUCA